AGGAAGAACGAGAUCUUGUUUCUUUGCAUGGAGAAGGAGGCCAUGGGGGGUCAUGUGAUGCUGCCACUGGAGAACCUGAGCUUGGAUGUCCCCAACGGUGAAAUCGUACUUGGCCAUGACAAGGACAUGUCAACUCUGCAAGAGGAGAUUUCGGCUAUGAGAUCAAGGCAUAGACAUCUCAACCGGAGAAGGCGAGAGGCGCUGGACAAACUCAUAGACCUGAAAGGAAGUAUCAGGGUGUUCUGCCGGGUCCGGCCGUUAAUCUCAACCAGCAACUUCAAGAUCAAAUCACCAGUUACUGUUGAACAAGAGAAGAUCACAGUUCGAGCAGUGGGCGUCAAGAAAGAUUUCAGUGUUGAUAGGGUGUUUGACCAGGAGUCAACGCAAGAUGAUCUCUUCCAUGAGGUAAAGCCAAUCAUCAGAUCUGCACUUGAUGGGCACAACGUCUGCAUCCUUGCUUUUGGCCAAACUGGGACAGGAAAGACCUAUACAAUGGAAGGAACUAACGAUAACCUUGGCGUCGUGCCUCGAGCGAUACAAGAACUGUUUUCGCAUGCUUCUCAAGAUAGUUCAUCCACAUAUUCUUUCUCCAUAAGCAUGCUUGAGGUCUACAUGGGAAGUCUCAGGGACUUGUUGGCACCAAGGCAGCAUCUCUUCAGGUCCACAGAAUGCAAUACAACGUGUAAUCUCAGCAUUCUAGCAACUAAAAGUGGUGCCGUCGAAGUUGAGGGGCUCACCGAUGUUGCGAUGCCAGACAUCAAGAAAGCCAACCAGUGGUAUUGCAGAGGGCGGCGAUCCCGAUCGACAUCCUGGACAAAUGUCAACGAUGUUUCGAGCCGAUCACACUGCUUGACAAGAAUUACCAUAAGAAGAUCUGGAGGUGUCACUGAAGAAGUCAGCAAGCUUUGGCUCGUCGAUCUUGGUGGCAGUGAGCGGUUGCUAAAGACUGGUGCGUCUGGGUUGACAAUGGAUGAAGGUAAGGCCAUAAACCUCUCUCUAUCAGCCCUUGGAGAUGUCAUUGCUGCACUAAGGCGGAAGAGAAGUCAUGUUCCUUACAGAAACAGCAAGCUCACCCAAAUUCUCAGUGAUUCUCUUGGUGGUGGUUCAAAAGUUCUGAUGGUAGUGCAUAUCAGUCCUUCUAAGGAUGAUGUCGGCGAGACCAUCUGCUCACUGGGCUUCGCAAAAAGAGCAAGGUUGAUAGAAUCCUGCAGAGAGCUUUCAGAGGACUUGAAUAUGCUUAAGCAGAAGCGACUCUCAGAGCUUGACAAGGAAAUAUGUGACACUGAGCACGAGCUCAAGGAUCUCAGUGAAGAAAUAAGUAGCGCUGAGGUCUCACUUGAAGAGAGGAAGAAGGUCUCUCCAUCUGUCUGUCAGGCUCUCUGCGAUGAGAAGGGGUCGCCGAGAAGCACUCUGGUGGUAGGGCACAUUGAUGCUACAGACAGCCCUCGGGCAACCGAAAAGGCCAAAAGCAGGGUGUCUCGUGGCUCAGUUCCUCACUUCAUGUCCCCAACCGAGUGCAGCCGGCAAAGACAUGGCAUAGCAAGCCAUUCUGUCAGUAAACCAAGGCUGACAAAAUCAGUAAACAGAUAUCCAGCUGAGCUCCGCGGGAGCCUCAGCCACUCCAGCUGCAAGAAUAAAUCGAAGGCUAGGUCGGCGGCAUUCUCGUCCGGUGUGUCUAAGUUGAAGUACUUGUCAGUAAAAUCUGAUCAGAUCAACAUAAGUAGUAACAGCAUUGAUUCAACGGCAGCGUCAGCGCCUCAACGAAGGGAAAGUUUUGUUUCCAGGCCGGUGCAGAGAGCCCCCCUACAUCAGCACAGGAGAAGGAUGUCCUGUUUAACCUGAACUCACAUAAAUACAGAUUGAAUAGCUCUGAUUUUGACUUCUUGUUUGGUGGUGAAAUGUUUUGGAAAGAUGAUUGGGUUUUUACAUCGCUUUGAUAGUUUGUUUGUGUUAGCUUCGUAGAUCUGUGAUUACGGUUAACUACUGGAGGGCCCUUCCUUUGCUGGUUUUUGGUUUGGAUUGGAAGGGCAGAAGGGUGUGAGGGAUAUAGUAAAUGGAACUGUAAUUGGAUUUGACCAAUUCCUUUGAUUGGUCUGUGGAUUUGUAACUUUGAAAAGGAAUAAAAAUGCAUCAUCACUGAUAUA